AUGGACAAAAGCUGGAUGAAUUUGGGUGAUAGACUUGUAUCACCUGCAUAUGCUGAAGGGGUUAAAAAUUUCCUCACAAUGGCACAAAACCAUUGUGAGGAAAGUGAUCGCAUUCGGUGUCCCUGCCGUAUAUGCUGUAAUAACCACUUCUUGCCUAUAUUUGAGGUGGAGUCUCACUUGUUCAUAAAAGGGAUCAAUCCAAAUUACACUCAGUGGAUAUUUCAUGGGGAGGAGGAAACACUCCCCAUCAUUGAUGACGACACUGAUCCCGGGGUUGGAGUUGAAGAGAAGUACAUUGAUGACAUGGACCGUAUGUUAGAUGACAUCCGAGCAGGCACAUUCGAAGAUGCACCUGAAGACAACACUACAUCGUCAACUCAGCCAUCAAUACCACAUCCCUCCCCAAACUCAACUUUUGACCAACUAUUACAGGAUGCUCGACGUCCUCUUUUCGACGGCUGCACUAAAUUCUCAAAGCUCUCAUUCGUUGUGAAGUUGUUACAUAUUAAAACGCUUGGUGGGUGGUCAAUCAAGUCUUUUGAUAUGCUCAUAAGCCUUCUGCGGUCUGCCUUUCCUGAUGCUAAAUUUCCUAGUUCAUAUCAGGAGGCAAGGUCAUUGGAGCGAGGGUUGGAUUUCAAGUACCACAAAAUACACGCAUGCCCAAACGACUGCAUUUUAUUCUGGAAGGAAUAUGCUGAUCUUAACGAGUGCCCUAUAUGUAAGGCUUCGCGUUGGAUGCCAAAUACACAUGGGUCACGAGUGAUCCCACAAAAAGUGCUUCGGCAUUUUCCUUUGAAGCCAAGAUUGCAGCGUCUCUUUGUGACAGACAAGAUAGCGUGUGAUAUGAGAUGGCAUAAAGAGCAACGGGUACUCGAUGAGACUAGUAUGAGACAUCCUGCUGACUCUCAGUCCUGGAAGACAUUUGAUCAAGCCCAUUGUUGGUUUGCUAGGGAUGCUCGCAAUGUUAGGCUCGGUCUGGCAAGCGACGGCUUCAAUCCCUUCAACAACCUAGCAAAACCGUAUAGCAUUUGGCCAGUGAUUCUUGUCCCGUAUAACUUGCCGCCGUGGUUAUGCAUGAAAGACCAGUUCUUCAUGACAUCACUCAUUAUCCCUGGUCCAAAAUCACCAGGGAAUGACAUUGAUGUGUAUUUGCAGCCGUUAAUUGAUGAGUUGCUUGAACUCUGGGAACAUGGGGUACCUACAUAUGAUGCUUCUACAAAGGAAAUGUUCAUGUUGCAUGCUGCCUUAUUGUGGACAAUUAAUGAUUUCCCUGCAUAUGGAAAUCUUUCUGGGUGGUCAACAAAAGGGAAAUUGGCAUGUCCCUCUUGCAAUGCAAGCACAGAUUCUAUUUGGUUGAAGUAUGGUAGAAAACAGUGUUAUAUGGGACAUCGACGUCUCUUACCGGCAGGUCACAUUUGGAGGACGAGGAAAGAGUUGUUCAACGGUAAAGAAGAUUAUCGCAUGCCACCAAAUUGGGUUGAAGGAGCAGGUCUCUUAACUCAACUACAAAUGCUUGGAGAUGUCCAAUUUGGAAAAUCUUGUGGGAAGAGAAAACGCCCUGCAGAACAGUUGAACUGGACAAAGAAAAGCAUAUUCUUCAAACUACCUUAUUGGUCAAUGUUGCGGCUUCGACAUAAUCUAGAUGUUAUGCAUGUUGAGAAGAACAUUUCCGAUAGCUUAUUGGGCACUUUAAUGGACAUUCCUGGCAAAACAAAAGAUAAUAUAAAUUCUCGGCGUGACUUGGAGAACUUGGGCUUCAGAAAAGAAUUGCAUCUUAAGUCUGAAGGUGGACGUGUUACAAUGCCACGUGCAUUGUACACAUUACAUGGAGAUGAAAGGAAUAAAUUCUGUGAGUGGCUCGCUCGGGUUAAAUUUCCAGAUGGGUUUGCCUCCAAUAUCACACAUUGCGUAUCUGUACGUGAUUGCAAAAUCACUGGCCUCAAAAGCCAUGACCAUCAUGUUUUCUUGCAACGAUUGCUUCCUAUUGUUGUUGGGGGGUUCUUAAGGAGUGAUAUUGCAUUGGCAUUGACUGAACUUAGCAGUUUCUUCAAAGAGUUGUGCGCCCGAAACCUGGAUGUGAAUCGCUUAUCCCAGCUCCAACUUGAUAUCGUCACCAUUCUAUGCAAAUUAGAGAUGAUAUUUCCUCCUUCUUUUUUCGAUAUUAUGGUCCACCUAGCUGUCCAUUUACCGGGUGAGGCCAUACUCGGGGGUCCAGUUCAAUAUCGGUGGAUGUAUCCGUUCGAAAGAUAUCUUGGCAAAUUCAAGCGGUAUGUUAAGAAUAAAGCCCGUCCAGAAGGUUCAAUAGCGGAAGCCUACAUUCACAUCGAGUGUUUGACAUUUUGCUCCAUGUAUCUCCAAGAUGUUGAAACGAAGUUUAAUCGAGCGGACCGCAACAUUGAUGGUGGAGAAGAGGAUACUAUAGAUGGUUUCAAAGUUUUCAACCAAAGACUUCGUCCAUUGGGUAUAGCUCGUAAUGUGCAAUUACAAGAUAAACUCCGCACCUCAGCCAUAUGGUACGUGCUUAACAACUGUAUCGAGAUUGGACCUUAUCUCGAGGAGCACUAUGAGAAAUGUAGGUUGUCAAACCCAAAUUCUGUCGAUCGUACGCAUCAAACUGAGUUUCCAACUUGGUUCAAGCAACGUGUUCAAGACCAACGUACGGGAAACCCACAACGGGUGUCCGCUGAUUUGUAUGCGUUAGCUUGUGGUCCUGACCCUUGGGUUGCAUCAUAUGCUGCCUGCAUUAUAAAUGGUAAACGGUUCCAUACGAAGCAGCUUGAACUUCGCCGGCGAUCACAAAAUUCAGGAGUGUUGGUAACUGGUGACGAAGAUACUAAUAAUUUAGACUUUUAUGGUGUUCUUAAUGAUGUUGUGGAGUUACACUACAUGGGAGGUCGUCGAGUGUACUUGUUCAGCUGUGAUUGGUUUGAUGUUAGUGAUAAGAAGCGUGGGGUACGAGUUGACGAUCAUAUAACUAGUGUCAACAUGGACAGAACUUGGUAUAAGAAUGAACCAUUUGUGUUGGCAUGCCAGGCUUCCCAGUGUUUUUACAUUAGAGAUAUAAGGUCGAAGGGGAACUGGUAUGUUGUGCAGAAGUAUAAUAAUAGGAAUGUGUAUGACAUUCCACCAAUGCCAAGGGUUCAAGAUGAUAUUGAUGACGAAUCAAGUGAGGAUGAUGUAUAUCAAGAAAAUGAGCCAUCAUAUGAUUAUCCACUUUUACAUUGUGAUGCAUAUCCAGUAUCAACUCCACUUAGUAGGACUGAUAUAGAACCUAUCCACAUUGAUGCACGAGGCCAUAUGGCAGUUGGUGGUGAGCCUAGACAUUCAACAGACUUUAUUGAUGAUGGAAUGGUUCCAUCUGGUUCCGGAGAUGGUUAUGGUGAUUGGGAAUAUUCAGAUGAAGAGGACCUAUCCACCGAUGAAGAAACGGAGUCAGAAUAG